CGCCAAUGUCCCCGCCGACCAAUGAUAAGGUCCUUUUCUAUUCCUUUCCACUUCCAAUCUCCUCUCUUUAUUCACUCCUUCCUAACUUGCUUCUCUUCAAAUCUUUCUCUCUUCUCUAAUCUAACAUCUUCUUUCCCUUCUUCUCAAUCUUUUUCAUUCUUCCCAACCCUAUAUAUCCAUAGAUUUUUUCACUUAUUAGGGUUCUUUCUCUUCUAUUUAUUCUUUUUUUUUUUAAAUAAUUGAUUUUUUUCUCCCUACUUCUACGGGGGCAACUAUGAAAGCCGCAACUGAACAAUCCACUGUUGAGGGCUUUGAUAAUAAUAAUAAUAAUAAUAUUAGUAAUAAUAAUGUGGAAAAGGAGAAGAAGAAGAAACGACGUUCCAAUCGUCGUUCCAAACAAAACCCUACUUCCUCCUCAGCGAACGAGAUCUGUAGCGUAUCGUCGGAAUUCUUUGGUGACGGCACUGCGGCGCCUACUCCGACGGCUUCCCCAAUGAAGCAGCAAGGUGACAAUGCUCCUUACUGUUACGAUCAUCAACACGAUGAUACAACUUUUGUUUCGAUUCCGGCAGCGGCAGCCUCAAUUCAUAUCAACGAGCAAUCGCCGCCGCAAUUCGUCGAUGCGCAAACACAAGAUUCAUGGAAUGGUUGGAACGGAGAUUUGGUCCCGUCUCCCCCUCAGAUAGGGUUUUGCCCCCAAAGGUGUUAUUUUAGUCCACACUGGCCAAUGGAAGCUGUUGAGAUGGCACUUGAGAAGGGUGAUGUUUUUAAAGCUUCCUUUCGAGUGAAUGCUCACAACAGACUUGAGGCAUACUGCAAAGUUGACGGAUUGCCAACAGAUGUGCUCAUUAGCGGAAUUCCAGCCCAGAACAGAGCUGUGGAAGGUGACAUUGUUGCUAUUACAAUGGAUUCAUUCUCAUCGUGGACAAAAAUGAAAGGAUCUAACAGAACUUGCAACAAUUAUGCAACACCAGAAGAUUGUAGCCUCCUCACAGAAGCUGAUGAUGUGGCUGGCAAUAUCUAUAAAGGAAAAGGCGAGUUAGAUAAAGAUAAAGAUACCAAUUAUGACUCUGCUGAUUGCAGAAACUGCCCUAGUCAAAACCAGGAGGUUACUGAGGUCUAUCCCAACCCUAAUGAUAGUUGUCAUUUUCCUGAAAAGAAGUAUGCCUAUGAAGAUAGUGGUUCCCUGGGUCCAGUUUCACAUUUAGAUCCAGUUAGACCUGCCAAUGAUAGUUUUGAUGGGCAGAACAAUGCUGCUUUUGAAUCUUUGAAUAUGAGUUCUUGUAGCAAACAAAUUGAAGUAAUCAGUGCAGUGCAAAAGAUGUGCUCCUUAGUUAAUGCUUUCCCUUCCAAAAGACCAACUGCCAGGGUGGUUGCUAUAAUUGAGAAGUCUCCACGUCGAGAGCGCAUUGUAGGUCAACUCAAUGUGAAGCAGUGGAUAUCUGUCAAGGGUGUAAGCAGAAAAGAUGCAAAGAAAAAUAAGAAUCUGGUUUCUGAUAAUGAGUACAUCCAGUUGACACCAAUUGAUCCAAAAUUUCCUAAAAUGAUGCUUUUUGUUAGAGAUUUGCCAGAACACAUUAAGAAAAGACUACAAAGUGGUGAUGUGACAACUGAAAUGGAUCUGAUAGCAGCACAACUUUAUGAUUGGGGGGAAGAGAGUCUUUUUCCCAGAGCUCACAUCUUGCAUGUGUUUGGAAAAGGUAGCAAAGUUCAGACACAUUUAGACGCAAUUCUGUUUCAGAAUACGAUUUGUGAGUCUGAAUUUUCACCUGAAGCUAUGACUUGCCUACCAUGUUUUCCAUGGGAGGUGCCAGAAAAGGAAUUGCAGAGUAGACUGGAUCUUAGAAAUCUCUGCAUAUUUACUAUUGAUCCUUCAACUGCCACUGAUCUGGAUGAUGCACUGUCGAUUGAGAAGUUACCUAAUGGAAAUUGUAGAGUAGGUGUCCACAUUGCCGAUGUAUCAUACUUUGUUUUACCAGGCACUGUCUUAGAUGACGAGGCUCAGUUUAGGUCAACAACUGUCUAUAUGUUGCAAAAAAAGAUUCCAAUGUUACCCGCAUUAUUUUCAGACAAUAUAGGCUCACUUAAUCCUGGAGUGGAUCGAGUGGCGGUUUCAAUGCUCCUUGACAUCAAUCCUGCUGGGGAUGUUGUGAACCGUUGGAUUGGUCGUAGUGUUAUCCAGUCUUGUUGUAAGCUUUCAUACGAACUUGCUCAGAAUAUUAUUGAUGGGGCAGUUGAUUUUGAAAGUUCAAACAUCAUAGGAGAGAGCUACCCAAAGGUGCAUGGUCAAUUUGGAUGGCCUGACAUUAUUACUUCUGUGAAGAGCUUAUGUGAAAUUUCAAAUGUUUUGAAACAAAAGAGGUUCAAUGAUGGGGCUCUAAGGCUUGAAAAUCCUAAAGUUGCUUUCCUGUUUGAUGAGUAUGGACUUCCUUAUGACCUUAUACUUUCUGAACGGAAAGAAUCAAAUUUUCUUGUUGAGGAAUUUAUGCUUUUGGCCAAUACAACAGCUGCUGAAGUCAUUUGUAGAGUUUAUCCUGAUAAUGCAUUAUUGCGAAGGCAUCCUGAACCUAAUAUGCGAAAACUGAGAGAUUUUGUGGCAUUCUGUCAGAAGCAUGGUUUAAAAUUGGACACAUCUUCGUCUGGCCAGUUCCAUCAGUCACUAGAGCUGAUUAAGGAAAAGCUGAAGGAUGACUCUGUGCUCUUUGAUAUUCUUAUUUCCUAUGCGACAAGACCAAUGCAGUUGGCAUGUUACUUCUGUAGUGGUCAGUUAAAGGAAAGGAAGCAUGAGUGGGGUCAUUAUGCAUUAGCUGUUCCUUUUUACACUCACUUUACAUCACCACUGCGGCGGUAUCCUGAUAUUGUUGUUCAUAGGACACUACUUGCUGCUUUGGAGGCUGAGGAAUUAUAUCUAAAGCAUCGUAAGGCAUUGCUAGUUAACAAGGAAGAGGAAUUGCAGCGAUGUUUCACAGGCAUUAUCUUUGAUAAGAAUGCUGCAGAAUCUGUGGAAGGCAGGGAAGCUCUAUCAGCUGCAGCUUCAAAACAUGGAGUCCCAUCCACGGAAAUACUUGCAGAUGUUGCUGCUUAUUGCAAUGAGAGAAAACUAGCCAGUCGAAAUGUUAAAGAUGCUUGUGAUAAACUUUACAUGUGGCAUUUCUUGAAGAAGGAGAUCUUAUUGUCUGAAGCAAGGGUUCUGGGACUGGGCCCAAGAUUCAUGUCAAUCUAUAUUCAGAAGCUAGCUAUUGAGCAACGCAUCUAUUAUGAUGAAGUUGAAGGGUUAUCAGUGGAGUGGCUCGAAGCAACAUCAUCGGUGGUGCUAAGUAUGUCUGCUCAUAGGCGUGCAUUCCGGAGGGGUAGCCAUAAUAAAUGGAGGGCGUUUGAAGAAGUUGCUUUCGUGGUUGAUCCAUAUGACCUGAAAGUUGCAUUGGAUGGUUCUGAUGGAUGUGAGAACAGGGAUCCCAAUUCGAGGACCGAAAUUGACCCUGCAGUUUUCCCUCUCACGGUACAUCUUCUCUCAACAAUUCCGGUGGUACUCCAUGCUGUUGGUGGUGAUGAUGGACCCCUUGAAAUUGGGGUGAGGCUGUACAUGAGCUCGUAUUACGGGUAACUUGGUAAGGAUCCUGUUUGCAAAGAACAAGAAGUUACCUGGCGUUAUUACUUUGCUCCAUUGUAGAUAAGUAGACUUUUCCACUUCUAUAUGAAUAUGCUUAAAAGGCCUUGCACUAAAAUAUGGGAGAGUUUGUUGUAGCCUAUGUUUCUAACAGAAGCUUGCUGGAAUUGGCCAUUGUUUUUGUCGGCCUCUUCCAUUGUAUUAUUCACUUGGUUAGCGCCACAAGGUUCUAUUAUGCCAUUAUAUUGAGGCUGAGGACCUAAUUUAUACCUUUCUCCCCUUUAUUUUUCAUUUACCUUUUUGUUCCCCUUUGGGUCAACAUAAUCCCUUCCUAGUUUUCCUUGGUUUGACAACAGCCCAGUGUUAUUUUUUGGUUUGGGUUGGCAGAUGUUGUAAUGUUUACGUUAGUUCAAGAAUCAAGAUAUCUCUGCAUGUUUGUUUCUGAUAUUGGUAACUGAUGCACCUUUCAGAUGGAAUAGUGACACUGCAUUAUUUUUCAAGACUAC